AUGCAGUCAAAAUCUAUAAGUGUCAAUUCACUUAUUGGUAGAGAUCGAGAAGAUCCAGAAGUACCGAAAGUUGAUAUCAACAUAAGGAAAAAAUCACCAUCAAAAGAUAUACUAAAAGACACGCCUCAAUUAAAUGAAAUUGGAUUAUUAAAAGGUUUAGAAGAAUUUAAAGAUAUGAAAGAUUUCCCCUUCUCUGAAUCAGCAUUCCUUGAAGCUGUUAAGUUGAAGAUGGAACAAGAAAAAACAAGACAAGAACAGAUCAAGUUGGAUAUAGCUAAAAAAAAUCAUGAUAUAAUAACAGCAGCAAUUAGCGCUAAUAUCCCGGGGAAUUUAAUUCCUUCGAUGUGUAUAACAUCUUCUACGGAAGAACUGACAUCAAGUCAUCAUAGUCGGUCCAACAGUGUUGAUUAUAAUGCACCACCUUUGAAUUAUAAGUUCGGAGGGAAUGCUGUUACGUCAUCCACUGCGCCAACCCAAUCUAAUUCUAGAUCUUCAUCUUUGGCAAAAGUUCCUCAAGUUAAUUUGAAAUCUCCUUCGUCAACUUAUCGACCAGUUCGUACCCCAUUAUCACACCAAAGGCAUUACUCUAUGCCGGUAGUUCAGAAUCCAAGCAUCGAUUUAGGUAAGAUUGAUACUCAAACUCAACAAUAUCAACAAUUUCAAAAUAAGCAAAAGAAUCAAGUUACUCCACCAUAUGUGGGCCAAUAUCCACCACAAUUAUACCAAUACCCUCAAAUGUACCAAUAUCCUCCUCAAUUAGCUGUUCAAACACCACAAUCAAGUAAACUGCCUAAUAAAUCUCAUUCAAGAUCAAGAUCAUCAUCAACUGUUAAAUCAUCAGGAAAAUCAAGUACCCUUCAAUCAUCAUCUUCAAGACUGAAUAAUCCACCAAGUCAAGAAUCAAUGACUUCAUUCCAACAUGUAAUACAAUUUCAACAUUGGAAACCUGAAGAUCCCGCAUCAUCUUAUGACCAACCUGGAGUAUCUGGCAUACUUCCAGAAAGAAGCCAUAAACGUCAUAAAUCAAAUUUUGAUAAUAUGUCAGUGGAUCUUGGUAAUAAUCCUAUACAAGAAGAAGGUGAUGUUUCAAUGGAAGAAGAAAAAAAAUCAUAA